UUUUCCAUUGGAAGGAACAUAACCGCCUCAGGAGUCGGCCCUGGUUUCAGAAAGAUAGAGAAGGCGGAGGAGGAGUCGUUCGUUCUAAAGCCAAGUCUCUGCUUGGGUUUCCCAAACCCUCGUCUGUUGGAUUCGUAGCCGACGUUUCAGCUUCGAGACGACCAAACAUGGCGACUGCUUCAGUGGCAUUCAAAUCUAGGGAAGACCAUCGCAAACAAAUCGAAUUGGAAGAAGCGCGUAAAGCUGGGCUUGCACCAGCUGAACUGGAUGAGGAUGGAAAGGAGAUUAAUCCUCAUAUACCCCAAUAUAUGUCAUCUGCACCUUGGUAUCUAAACUCUGAGAGGCCUAGCUUAAAACAUCAAAGGAAAUGGAAAUCAGAUCCUAAUUAUACAACAUCAUGGUAUGACAGAGGUGCAAAGAUACACCAGGCUGAUAAAUAUAGGAAGGGUGCAUGUGAGAACUGUGGUGCCAUGACACACGACUCAAAGUCAUGUAUGGAAAGACCCAGGAGAGUGGGAGCAAAGUUUACAAACAAACACAUCGCUCCUGAUGAAAAGAUAGAGACUUUUGAGCUUGACUAUGAUGGAAAACGGGACCGCUGGAAUGGAUAUGAUGCAUCAACCUAUGCCCGUGUCAUUGAGAGAUAUGAAUCAAGAGAUGAAGCUCGAAGGAAAUACGUAAAGACACAACAGCUCAAGAAAUUAGAGGAGAAAAAUAAUAACCCAAAUGGAGAGGACGGGGUUAGUGAGGAGGAUGAGGAUGAUAAUGAGGAUGAUUUGAGGGUGGAUGAAGCCAAGGUUGAUGAGAGCAAACAAAUGGACUUUGCAAAGGUUGAGAAGCGUGUGCGUACAACGGGUGGUGGGAGCACAGGAACUGUCAGGAAUUUGCGUAUUCGUGAGGAUACAGCAAAGUAUCUUUUAAACCUCGAUGUCGACUCUGCACACUAUGACCCAAAAACCCGGUCUAUGCGUGAGGACCCGCUUCCUGAUGCGGAUCCGAAUGAGAAGUUCUAUGGGGGUGAUAAUCGACAUAGAAAUAGUGGUCAAGCUAUGGAGUUCAAGCAGCUCAACAUCCAUGCUUGGGAAUCAUUUGAGAAGGGACAAGAUAUUCACAUGCAAGCAGCGCCGUCCCAAGCUGAGUUGCUUUAUAAGAAUUUUAAGGUGAUCAAGGAGAAUUUGAAGUCACAAACAAAGGACACCAUUCUGGAGAAGUAUGGCAAUGCAGCUAAUGAAGAAGAAUUUCCUAGGGAGCUUCUACUGGGACAGAGUGAACGAGAAGUUGAAUAUGAUCGUGCCGGGAGGAUCAUCAAGGGGCAAGAAACAACACUUCCCAGAAGCAAGUAUGAAGAAGAUGUAUAUGCCAACAACCACACCAGUGUAUGGGGUUCAUGGUGGAAGGAUCAUCAGUGGGGCUACAGGUGCUGUAAGCAGUUGACUCGCAAUAGCUAUUGCACUGGCGCUGCUGGAAUUGAGGCUGCUGAGGCUGCAGGUGAACUUAUGAAGGCUAACAUUGCUCGUAAAGAGGCCAUUGGAGAUAUGCCUCCACCAGUGGAGGAGAAAAGACUUGCUACUUGGGGAACUGAUAUACCAGACGAUUUGGUUUUAGAUGAGAAGUUACUUGCUGAUGCUCUUAAAAAGGAGGACGCAAGAAAGAGAGAAGUGAGAGAUGAAAGAAAGCGCAAAUACAAUGUAAAAUGGAAUGAUGAGGUUACUGCUGAGGAUAUGGAGGCUUAUAGGAUGAAGAAAGUUCAUCAUGAUGAUCCAAUGAAGGACUUUCUUAACUGAUGGAGCCCCUAUCUCAAAAUGCUUUCGAGGUUGUCAAUGCAACGUAAUGGCAGUGCUCUUAUACUGCAGUUCUGCAAGCUGAACUUCUUGAACUCAUGGUUCUGUUGUGGCAGAACAUGCAGAGCUGGAGCCUCCACCUUUGAUUUGCAAACCUCUUAGUCGUGAUUACUGUAAGCUUAAGUACUGAGGAACCUGUAGUUAUGUUGCCAUUACAUGAGCUACCCUGUGGUUGUUGAGCCAUUUGAAUUGUUGUUUACUUUGUUCUCAGUUGUCAUGUAAUGAGUUGUGUAAUGACAUUACUUUGAAUUUACCUAAUUAUGUUGCUGUUAUGGAUUUCGUGAA